CAAUAGAAUAAAAUCAUGAAGCUUUGCAUGAAAAUUUUAGUUGAUACAAAAGACAAAAAAUAUAUAUUAACAUAAGCUUUAUUAUGGAUCCCCGAGGAAAAUCUAUAGAAAGUACAAACACCCCAGAAGAGAAAAGAUCGACAACUUGCCCGCGAUUAUGCAGGGUCCCCGCUGUGCACACGUGCUCUCUCGAGGACAAUCGAUCACCCGGCAACAAGUCAUUACCCUGCCAUGCCCGCGAGAAAUAUCUCGCCGUGAAACCAGCCAGCGUCGUCGUCGUCAUCGUGUACCGCGUGAAAACACCGAUCGGUCCUGCUUUUUGAAUUUCAGCGCUCGUAUUUCCUGGGCAUGGGGCUGCUUGCGUGCGCACGUAUCCGGAGGUACGGGAGUGGGAAUAAAUGCCGGCCAAUCCGGAGGCACCGUGGCGAACCAACUGGCAAAGAAGUUGGCGAACUGUAGCGCCGUGCAGUAGCCGCGACAACUCAAACGGAAGACUCGCUACUCCACGCCACUCGCACGUGGGCCUUCGUCGGUGUCUGUUACGUUUUGCACGCGCUCACGCUCGCAGGAACCGAGCAUCGUUCCUAGCGCGUGGUGACUAUCCAACGUACUAGCCGAAUACGAACUAUUCCUCGUGUAAAAAAAAGGUGCCUACGAUACGAUACAUUCGCGAGUAGAUCCUGAAUCGAGUCGACAGCCGUCUCUUUCCAUAAGUGCUUCAUACGGAACGCGUAGAUUCCACACGCGGCCGGAAGGUCCUUCCUAACCUUGGUGUAACUUGAUACUGUUUGUGUACCAUCAUAUUGGGAUUAUCAGUACGGCGGUAGCUGUAGUGCAACAAACGGACGUACACAGUGCGACGUAAACGUAAAGUCCUCUCGCUUCUUCGCCUUGUCGACCCAUUGGAUUUUCCUCGAUGCAGGGGUUCAGUUUCUACGCAAAAGGGAGCUUUAUCUGUUCCCUUUGUGUCCGAUGGAGUCAUCGAUUCGAGCAUGCUAGAGAGGGACGGUAGACGAAAGUAAUAUUCGCGUCAGACGAAGCUAGAAGACGAUUCGUUUUCGUCACCCUUCGACUCUCUCGCGUUACUCGAACUGUAGGAAGUUACGAGCGCAGAUAUAUACGUAAAGCAGCGUCCCGUGUCUAAAUGCUGCACGGCUUGUGGCAUUAUUAACGUUGACCGGGGUACAAAAGAACGUGUCAAGAUUGAGCAAGUCGUUGUCCCGUCCGGCGGUGAUCUCGCCAAAAUUUGGAGGAUGCUGAUGCCGGGUGCCGCGGGUCUCGGUGUAGGCGCGGUUGGCGCUGUGGGUGCCGUGAGUGCUCCAGCACCUGAUGAAUUGGUGCAAGGAUUGGGAGCCCUCGCCGGCACCACACCGCAACAAAAGGAUACGACAUGGACGAAAUUAUUCGUCGGCGGUUUGCCCUAUCACACCACCGAUAAGAGUCUCAGGGAACAUUUCAACGUUUACGGAGAUAUCGAGGAAGCGGUCGUGAUCACGGACAGACAGACUGGCAAAAGCAGAGGCUAUGGUUUCGUCAUCAUGGGAGACAGACCGGCGGCGGAGAGGGCAUGCAAAGAUCCCAAUCCUAUUAUCGAUGGUCGUAAAGCAAAUGUCAAUUUGGCCAUUCUCGGAGCUAAGCCCAGAGGUAACUUGCAAACGUCAUUCCCGUUCGCUACAGGCAUCCGGGCUGGUUACCCAGCAGUACUUCCUGGACAAUACGGAGUACACACGUCGAUCGAUAAGAAACAAUUGCGAAUCGAUGAACAAAUUUCGACUGAUCGAAGAACGCUCGCCAGUCGGGAUCUUCCGCGCGUUAUUAUUUGAGGAGAGUAAAGAAAGGCAAAGAGUAAAAGAAAAAGUGGUACCACCGGGUUAUGUGUACCAGUCGCCCUACCUGGCGGCUGCGGCGCCAGGUGGUCUGGUACCACUUCCGACGACGCAGCAAUUGAGCCACGCAGCCGCCGUCGCCGCGGCAUCGCAAUUCUACGAGUAUCAGAACGCGGCAGCAGCCGCCGCGUCUUACCCGGGCACAUCGUACAACUUCGCCGAGGCGUAUCCGUACACCACCGCGGCCGCGGCUGGUACGUGUUUGAAUAGUGUCCAGAGCAAGGGUAGCAACUAUCAGAUACACCACCACCAACACCACCAGCAGCAGCAGCAAAACGGACCCGGUGCGACGUUGGCGCAUCAGCAACGGUUGGAGAAAGCUCUCCUACCGCAAUUUCUGCCGUCCGUGCUGCGUGAUUACGCUAAUGCAGCCGCGGCGGGUUACGUGGCACCGUACACGUAUGCGACUUUGCCAGGUGCCGCAGGACUGCCAGCAGCGGCAGCGGCGGCGGCAACGGCAGCUGGAGCAGCUUUCCCGGGCUUACCGUAUCAGACAACACCUCAGGAGGCUAGAUUGCAAUAAAGCUUUAACAUUUAGACCGCCACGAGAUAAUUGCAGCUAAGCCUUCUACGAGACGGAAACGGAGCGACAGCUGCGCGAAACAUUCGAUCCCCGAUUGUCGUCUUCGGGGAUCAGCUCAUCAUCUUCCUCGUUAUUAGUUAUUUCUUCGAGAUUUCUAUAUGUUCCUGAUCAGCUCUCGCAAACGUAUAGGGGGCAUCACCCGCGCGAGAACCGUAAGAGGCGAAGAGAAUGAAGCUUUGACGAAGCGACAGAGAACCCGCGUCAGAGAAUUGGCGAACCACAACUUCUCGCUAAGCCUACGAACUUUGUACUCUUCCCUUUUCGCCUCCCCGAUCUAAUCUUCCUCUCCCUCCUCCCGUACAGAGCCGACACUGGCGCGCUCGACCAACAUAUACGCGGAAUUUUAGAAAAGACGCAACGAUUUUUUAGAGUUACGAUUGUAUUUAUAACGAGCUGGCCGAUCGUUCGUUCGAAAAAGUGAUCCUCGACGUGCGAACGACUCGGAACUGGAGAGCCGACAAAGAGGCUUCGGUAAACGUACUUUGAUCCAUAUUCGAAAGCUAUGCGCGCGAACGAUCUAUUAUUGGCUUUUGGCCACGACGCUAUUCUAAUAUUUAAUUUGUAUUUCAAAAUGUUACAAUAGAACGAUGUAUCGAAAUGUUACUGCACUCUUAACGGCCUUUAAAAACAUAAUUUCAUGAGCUCAUCGAGUACUACAAUUCUUUGUUCCUGUGUAUUUUCGUCGAUGGUUCCUAAAUCGAACGCAUCGUUCGCGCAACGAACUUCUGUAUGCAAUUAUCUUAACGGUGUCGUUCGAGAAACUUCUCUUCAGAGUACACUCAUAGCUUUGACACACGAUACGUCUUCGACAAAGUUAAAUGAAUGCGCUAAAAAUACCGACGAAGAUCAAUGCGGGAACUCCGUAAUGGCGUUGGAACCAGUUACGUGAUUCAGAGAGAGAGGUGCGCGUUUCCGGAGAGGACGUGUUUUAAAUUUUAGUUAAAUUUUAAGUAGAUCCUAAACACUUAAUGUUAAACAAAAUUUCUAGCGCUGUAAGUUGUUAAGUUAUAUUUUCAUGCGUUUUUCGACGAAAAAAAAAAAAGAUCGCGUUUGUCUGUAAUGGAUCAACUUUUAGGAUAAAACUUAGGAAAGCGAGAGACGGAAUUUAUAGCUCCUCGGUGAAUAAGAAUUUCCUACCGAUAUACAUUGCGUGUUGCUGUGACACGCGUGCGUAUAUACGUACAAUUAUAAUUUUUAUAAUACAUGUAUAAAUUAUGUGUAUAUGUAAUUAUAAUUCAUACAUAUGUAUUAUAAAAAUUAUGAUUCUACAUAUAUAUACACAUAUAUAAUUAUAAUAAUUGAAUAACAAAUCUUUUUCCUCAAGGAUCGAUUAUAGAUACCGUCUUAUAUAUUUAUACAUAGAAUACGUUGUAAUAACAAGGCAUAUCUUCCAAAGUACUUGUCUACCGAUAUAUUAAUUCGUGCGCACUGCUUGUUUCGGCUCUCUGUUGCUUAUCAGAACAUUAUUUUACUUAUAUAAAUAUACCGAUAUUUAUUACAAGCUAUAGAAAUAUUACGCGCAUUACUAGUUGAGAUGUUAAUGGAUUUUACCGAGGUGGAAGCAUAAAUGUGACUUAUUUAUAGAAAGAAAAUGGUUAAAGUGUAUGACCAAUCGAGAACAUCGAAUUCAGUGGCCUUAAAAUCGCACAUCGUCGAACAACGAAGUGUCUUACUUUCGAGGCCUUGUUGAGUAAUUAAUCAAUUAGAUAUACUAAAUGAGAUAACAUCGACCAAUUUUAUAACGACGCAAACUUUCAACGGAUUAAGGAAUAAAUCGAUUUUAUUGAUAAAUCGUUUUUAUUGAUAUGAAGCAAGUAUACAACAGGUAUCAUUAUUCAAGGAGAAAUUAAUUUUUGUAACGAUUAGUGAUUUUUGUUGAGAACGUCUGUUUUAAAUGUGAGCGUACGUUUUAAACAUUUGUAUUGUCUGACAUUAGUCGGCGACAUUAAUUUUCUGAUACUUGAUCUGAAUAGAUUUUUCUUAAAACUCGGAAGAAAAUGUACAUUCGUCUGCUCUUAGUGAUUCAGUGCCUUAAUUAGCACAGUCGAGUAGUCGUAAUGAUUAGAAACUAGUCAGCGAUUCGUUAGUGCAACGCUCGACGCGCUAACUCGUGUACAAGAGUGACGCUCAACGAAAGGGUGAGGAGAGCUAAAGGAAUAUCAAAAUGUAAUCAACUAGGAUUAUAAAGAUCGGGUUAUGAGGAACGUCAUUGUCUAGUCCCAAACCCUUUCAAACCUUAUAAACGAGGUUAACUCGGUUUGUUAGAUUUAUAAGUAGAAAUUAAUCGACUCGGAAAAACCAAAAGCGAAACUUUUUGUAAAAAGUUAGAGGAAAUGUUAGGGGGAGAUUUAGUGUUAAGUAUUAUUACAACAUAAUAGAAAAAUAAAUUAUUAUUAUUACUAUUAUUAUUAUUAUUAUAUUUCAUUAUUAUUGAUAUUACGUUUUAUUAUUAUUAUUAUCAUCAUCAUUAUUGUCACUAUUAAAUAUAUGACAUUGUUCACGUACUUAACGAACGAAUGGAUGGAAUAUAUACGCAAAGAAUUUGUUAUAAAAACACGGUAAGGUUUCCGCCAGGCGAAGAAGAUUGUAAUAGAAAAUCUGCGAUGAAGAGAUGCCAAGAUAUUUAAUGUAUUCUCUUAUCACAGAUAUGAUCAUUUUUUUGAAUAUCCUAUACUCCCAUUGUAUAUAUAUAGUAUAGGCUUAAUUAUAUAAAUAGGUUGUAAUAUAUUGCCUGUUAUCUUCAGUAAUAUUAAUAUGCGCUCUAUUAAUAGAUUCACAAAAACCGAAAACAAAUAUAUUGUCAUUAAGAGAAAA